AUGGAGCUCAUCAAAUACUACCUCCAAGAACGUUUACCGACGCUCUAUAUACGAAGGCAAUUCGUGUAUGACGAGAAAGAGUUCCACGAUAGGACCUACGAUCCGACUGGAUUGAUCAGAGACUUGUGGGAAGCAUACGAAGAGUUGGAAUAUGUCCACACUCGUUUCCUCCAUUGGAUUAAAUGUGAUAACCACCCCGAGCAAUACAUAUACGACCGCAUGUAUGAAGAUCAUCGCGAGUGGAAAACUGUGAGUACAUAUCUGCGCAGUGUCUGGGAAGCCUCAAAGGUACACAGGCUAACUUAUCGUAUCAGCGUCAAGCUACUGGAUAUCUGCAUCGUCGUGUUGACGCUGUGGUAG